CCGGCAAAAUCUUGAUUGUCCGUCGGAAGAUUGGUGGAAUGGAUGUGGUUUCCUUGAACAAAAGAACUAUGGGGGCAGGAAAUGCUGCGCUGAAUUUUUGGUUGCGCAGUGCACUUUGCAACUGCGGUGGAGAUUUUCCAGGAUAUGGAGAAGUACGAGAAGAUAGGGAAGAUUGGAGAGGGCUCGUACGGAGUCGUCUUUAAAUGUAGGAACAAGGACACGGGGCAGAUAGUGGCCAUCAAGAAGUUCGUGGAAUCUGAGGAUGACCCUAUCAUCAAGAAAAUCGCCCUUCGAGAGAUUCGUAUGCUCAAGCAACUGAAGCACAGUAACCUGGUAAACCUAAUCGAGGUGUUUCGUCGUAAGCGCAAACUGCACCUGGUCUUUGAGUACUGUGACCACACGGUACUGAACGAGCUGGACCGCUAUCCUCACGGGGUUCCGGAACACCUGGUGAAAAGCAUCACCUGGCAAACACUCCAGGCUGUCAACUUCUGCCAUAAACAAAAUUGUAUCCACAGAGAUGUGAAGCCAGAGAACAUCCUCAUCACCAAGCAGCUGGUUAUCAAGCUCUGCGACUUUGGCUUCGCCCGCAUCCUAACUGGUCCGUGUGACUAUUACACAGACUACGUGGCCACGCGUUGGUACCGGGCCCCCGAGCUGCUGGUGGGGGACACCCAGUACGGGGCCCCGGUGGACGUGUGGGCGGUGGGCUGCGUCUUCGCCGAGCUGCUCUCUGGCGCCCCUCUCUGGCCGGGCAAGUCGGACGUGGACCAGCUCUACCUCAUCAGGAAGACACUAGGGGACCUGAUCCCUAGACACCAGCAGGUCUUCAGUACCAACCAGUUCUUCAGUGGAGUGUCGGUGCCCGAACCACAAGAGAUGGAGACCCUAGAGCAGAGAUAUCCAAACCUCUCCUAUCAAGCUCUAAGUCUUAUGAAGGGCUGCCUCCGGAUGGAUCCAUCGGAGCGUCUGACGUGUGGGCAGCUGCUGGAGCACCCCUACUUCGACAGCCUGCGCGAGGAGACGGACAGCGCAGCGCGCGAGACAGAGCGGGCCGCCAAGAGACGCGGUGCGCGGCAACCCCGCAAACACCUGCCAGCAGGGUAUUUGCCCCAGCUGACUGGUAGCAGCAUCUUCCCUGCCGUGGACAACAGAAACAACAAGUACUACAACAACCUGCGCAAAUACAACUACCACUUUCCCAACAUCUAGCCCACACACACACACAAACACACGCACACACAAACACACACACCAGCAGUUUCCUUGGAUAACUCAGGGACGAGCCAACGCUUCAAACAGACCCCCCUCACGCUCACAGACUGCAGCGCAUUUGGUCAGCAGAUCAGGCAGCCGAGGUGGGGUGGAAAACGGCUGUCAGCAGAGGAACUGUCACUUUCCAUGAUGGAGGAUUACAUAGCAGCUCUAGCAACUUAAGUGACACUCCAACACCAAAACACUGUUCGGUUUCACUACCAGUCAGACUGAUGUAGAGCUCCUUGAUUGGCCUCCUCAAAAAACAGCUGGUCUUGUACUGUAUGCACUGUAAUGUAUGGUAGGCCAGUAUUUGUCGCUUUUGACAAUGUUGACCGACCGGACUGGACAUAAUCCAAAGAAGUUCUUUUUGGAGUUUGGAAAAGCUUUCCAAAUUUUUCCAAAGUUUCAUCGUUGUCCAAGGAGCUUCUCCAGUUCUGCUCUGCAAAUUACUCCUGUUGUUGUUGUUCCACAAAGCACCACAGUGACUUUCCUGAAGCUUCUCACCUGAAAAAGGGAGCUAUGAAUCAAAAGCCAUGCUGGUUUCAUCAGCUUGUGUCUCAAUGCUCCAACCAAUUAAUGCGUCAGAAUUUUUUUCCAUAUUUUAUAACUGAAAAAAGAAAAUAGGUAUGUGUAUUACGGCUGGUCGGUUAAUUGUUUCCAAAUCAGUCACUGAAAGGCAGAGAGAAGAUUUCAAAGGUUAAAUCUGAUCUACUGCAACAGGCGUUUUGUUGAUAAAACACCCAACUCAUGCUUACUUAGUACAGAACUGUUGGUUUAUAUAAGUUUUAAUCCGCCACUUACCACAGUAAGUUUACUGAUAGAGUCCAUGCUACUCUAUGCACUGUAUCUUUGCCUACCAGCUAUUUUCUUAGAGAAAAAAAAUCACUUUCAGAGGUGUCAGUCCCAUAUUCAGAAAGUUAAAAUCCUGAAUCAAGGGAGAAAAAUGAUUACCGGUUGGUUGGUUUAUUGGCUAAUUAGUGGACUUGCAUGUGGUUGGUGCCCAGUUUUAAUGAAUUUUAAUGUGAGGGUUGUACUGUCCAAAGCCAGGCUUAACACCUCUGAUAAGUUCUCUUCAGGUUCUGCGUGUUAGCUAUUAAAUGUGUUUGUGUGUUAUGUCUAAGACUAAGUGCAGUUUAUAGUGCUCUGCUUACUUUAGAGACAGCAAAGGGACCAACAGAUUUUACUGCCUUUCCCUGUUUGCCAAACAUGAUUGUUCUUUUUUGUAUGUUUUGUUUCUUUCUUUU